GCGGGCCCUCCGCCCUAGUUUCUAAGGACCAUGUCUGCGAGCCAGGAUCCCCGGUCUAGAGACAAUGGCCCUGAUGGGAUGGAGCCCGAAGGUGUCAUCGAGAGUAACUGGAAUGAGAUUGUUGACAGCUUUGAUGACAUGAACCUCUCAGAGUCUCUGCUCCGAGGCAUCUACGCCUAUGGUUUUGAGAAGCCCUCUGCCAUCCAGCAGCGAGCUAUUCUUCCUUGUAUCAAGGGUUAUGAUGUGAUCGCUCAAGCCCAAUCUGGGACUGGGAAAACCGCCACUUUUGCCAUAUCAAUCCUGCAGCAGAUUGAAUUAGAUCUGAAGGCCACCCAGGCCUUGGUUCUGGCUCCCACUCGAGAACUGGCCCAGCAGAUACAGAAAGUGGUGAUGGCACUAGGAGAUUAUAUGGGUGCUUCCUGCCAUGCCUGCAUUGGGGGCACCAAUGUGCGCGCCGAAGUGCAGAAGCUGCAGAUGGAGGCCCCACAUAUCAUCGUGGGCACCCCAGGCCGUGUAUUCGACAUGCUUAAUCGAAGAUACCUGUCUCCCAAGUAUAUCAAGAUGUUUGUACUGGAUGAAGCCGAUGAAAUGUUAAGCCGUGGGUUCAAGGACCAGAUCUACGACAUAUUCCAAAAACUCAACAGCAACACCCAGGUAGUCUUGCUGUCGGCUACCAUGCCUUCUGAUGUGCUUGAGGUGACCAAGAAGUUCAUGAGGGACCCCAUUCGGAUUCUGGUCAAGAAAGAAGAAUUGACCCUGGAGGGUAUCCGUCAGUUCUACAUCAAUGUGGAGCGUGAGGAGUGGAAGCUGGACACGCUGUGUGACUUAUAUGAAACCUUGACCAUCACCCAGGCAGUCAUCUUCAUUAAUACCCGGAGGAAGGUUGACUGGCUCACUGAGAAGAUGCAUGCCCGAGACUUCACUGUCUCUGCGAUGCACGGGGAUAUGGACCAAAAGGAACGGGACGUGAUUAUGAGGGAGUUCCGUUCUGGUUCUAGCAGAGUCCUGAUUACCACUGACUUACUGGCCAGAGGCAUUGAUGUGCAGCAAGUUUCUUUAGUCAUCAACUAUGACCUGCCCACCAACAGGGAAAACUACAUCCACAGAAUUGGUCGCGGUGGACGUUUUGGUCGUAAGGGGGUGGCUAUUAACAUGGUGACAGAAGAAGACAAGAGGACUCUUCGAGACAUCGAAACCUUCUACAACACCUCCAUUGAGGAGAUGCCCCUCAACGUUGCCGACCUCAUCUGAGGGGAGGGGCUAUCUGUCCUGCUGCCUGGCCCUGGCCAGGGUUUAAUCCUGGGGGGGCUGAGGAGGAACUGCAGGAGGAGGAGGGGGGAGGGAAAGGGAGCCAAGGGAUGGACAUCUUGUCAUUUUUUUUCCUUUGAAUAAAUGUCACUUUUGGAGGCAAAAGAAGGAACCGUGAACAUUUAGACACCCUUUUCUUUGGGGUAGGCUCUUGCCCCAGGCGCCGUCUCUUCUCCCCAAAACAAAAAACACUAAUCCAUUUCCCUAACCGAGUCACUUCCCCGCCCCAGCCAAAUCCCUCUGAGAAGAUUCAGGGGCGACAGUGCCACUCAACCCCACUUGCUGGACCAAAUCUGGAGGGAGAACCCGAGGGAGGUGGCCCAGAGCAUUGUUCCUGGGGGGCAGGGGAGAGAUGGCGGUAGCCAUUUUUACGUUGUUUUGUAUAGUAUUUAUUGAUUCAGAAAAGAAACACGGAAUUCUGAAUAAAAUGACUUGGAAACUG